UAGUGCAACUACUUUUUUAACAUUUUAAAAUGUUUUGUAGUGUUUUAAAUAAUUGUGAUUUAUGAAUAUUAGGGCACAAAAUUUAUUUUUGAUAACAUUAUUACAGGCCGAGAAAGAAUUGCUCGAUGCUGAAAUGGAUCUUUAUAACAAACAACAUACAGGAGACGAUACCACAGAACUCAGAAGACGAGUUAAUGAACUUAAGCAACAGGCAAGAGCACUUGGCUUAUUGGAUGGUAGAUCUGUACGUGGAAAAAUUAUGAAAACUUUGUCUAGGAGAAGUACAGGAGUAUUACGAGGAAGUAGAUCACUCCUCCAUCAUAAUUUGACAAGUGUCGAUCACAGGCCACGGAAAAUUAUCCUUAAAGGAUUAAAUGAUACUGAAAAAGACAAUAUUUUGCCACAUUUUAUUGUAAGUAUAUAACUAACUUAUGAAAAGUUGUGUAUUGUAUAGUACUUUGCCACAUUGCUUGACUCAUGCAAAAAAUUGAUUUGUUACUUUUCUGAUGUAAUAAUUCAAUAAAAAUGCAAUUGUUGAUAGGAUU